AUGAUCAUCGUCUGCACGGCGGAAGUACUAUAUCAGUGUUUGCUUCAUUCUUUUAUCCAGAUGGAACAGAUCAAUCUUCUUAUUUUCGAUGAGGCCCAUCAUACGAAAAAAGACCAUCCAUAUGCGAGGUUAGAAGGUUCCAUGUUUUCUGCCCAUUCUGUGUCCGUGGCUGAUGGAAUUUAUAGGAUUGUAAAAGACUUUUAUUUACAGAUGACUGAGUCACAACAUAGGCCUAAGAUAUUUGGCAUGACAGCAUCCCCAGUUGAUGCGAAAGUUGAUGUGGUAACAGCUGUAAAAUCACUGGAGAUGCUGCUCGAUAGCCAGAUUGCAACUGCCUCUAAUUUAGAUGCUUUGCGGCAAUCGGUAGCUCGGCCAACCGAACAAGAAUGGGUCUACGAUAGACUGGAUCCCGCUUUUGAAACCGACUUAUACAAAAGCAUGCAUUCACAAUUUGGGAAUAUUAGUGUACUCAAGAAGAUGUUCAUCUGUUCCUUGGAGGCCACCUCGACAUUGGGGAGAUGGUGCUCUGAUUGGUUGUGGACUAUCGUAUUGGACGAGCCCUCAUUGCCUAAAUUGGAAGGGAGCAUUUCUAGGCGUUAUAUACGUACCAGCUCUGGAAAUCACACUAAGGGAGUUGAUGAAAUGAUUAAGAGUCUUCGCGAAGCUGUGAAGGUGAUAAAAGAUCACACCUUUUAUACUCCGGUUGACUGUCCCGAACAUCUCAGCCCAAAGGUACGACUGUUGCACCAUCAGCUUUCAAAGUACUUUGAAAGGCACACAGACACAAAAUGCGUUGUCUUCGUGGAGAAACGGCAUUCUGCGAGGCUAUUAGGAGAAUUGUUUUCACUAAUAGGGACGCGGCACAUGCGGACGGGUGUGCUUAUUGGUGUUCGCACUGACGAAGCCGGCGGCGAAAAGGUCUCCUUCCGACAGCAAUUUUGGACACUGCUGAAAUUUCGUAAAGGAGAGCUUAACUGCUUGGUGUGUUUUAUGAUUGCUCCCCCAAAAAUUUUUGUUCCUCUCUUUAACUAUGACAUGCAGUAUGCGCACAUGAUGGAACGAGAUAAUCUCAUUCACCAACGGUGCCUUGAUGAAGCUCAGGAGGCAGAAAACAUCAUGCGGCAAUUUUGCGAAUCUCUCCCUGAAGACAGAAUUAUCCGUGGUGCAAGUGACGAAUUGGACAAGUUUUUGUAUAAGGAAAGAUGCCGUAAAACUUUCACCGUUCCCAGCACUGGCUCAAAGCUGACUUACAACUCUGCGCUUGCGGUCCUUGCGCAUUAUGCAAGUUCUUUGCAAUACGAGAAUGAGAUGUCAACCCGAGCAAAUUACUUCAUUCAUAGAAUACGGGGUGCUUUCGUCUGCGAGGUCGUGCUCCCCGAGAAAUCCCCUGUCCGAGGCUUGACGGGAAGACCAGCAGUAGCGAAGCUGUCUGCCAAACAAUCUGCCGCAUUUGAAACAUGCUUGAUGCUCAGGAAGAACGGGCUUCUCGAUGACUACUUCCUGUCUAAGUAUCACAAAAGACUGCCGCUUAUGAGGAACGCAAAAUUGGCUAUCAAAUCGAAGAAAACGAAUCAAUAUGAUAUGAUGGUAAAGCCAAAAUUGUGGGAGAAGUCUCGUGGCAUGACCCCUUAUGAGGUUCAUGCCACUGUUUUGACCUUGCGGCCCUCUGCGAAGUUACGGCGCGUGCAUCAACCUCUCGUGUUGUUAACACGGGAAUCACUGCCCAAAUUUCCUGUAUUUCCGCUGUAUCUUGAGACUGACAUAGAGUGCGAUGUUGUUUCAAUCCCUCUACGAGCGUCGAUGCAGGUUUCGCAGUCUGAGUUGGACCUGUUCACCACGUUUACGCUUAGGAUUUUCCAGGAUUUGUUCCACAAGGUAUACGAUCACCAACCAGCCAUGAUGCCAUACUGGCUUGCACCGAUAAGCUUGGAAUAUGGGAACGUAUUGGAGGAUUCAAACCUGCGACAACUUAUUGACUGGAAAAUUAUCCAGCAUGUUCAGGAGAACCCGGAAAUCUGCUGGACCUCCGACAUGCCACGCAGUUCUUUGGAAAACAUAUUUAUGUUCGACAAGUGGGAUGACAGAUAUCGCUAUUUCACGUCUGAAUUGGAACUAAACAUUCGUCCCUCAGAUCCACCGCCACCAACUAUGGCAAAGAGAAGGUAUAUGGACAGCAUAAUGAAUUAUUGUAUAAGUUUGUAUAAGAAAUCUCGUCUAAAAUUUCUUGGGACAUGUGAUUGGAACCAGCCGGUUGUUCGUGCAGAGUUAGUUCGACUUCGCCGAAACCUCUUGGAUAGGACGACGGAGCAUAAGGGAGAAGAGACGUCUUAUUAUAUUUGUCCGGAGCCCCUGAGGAUUUCUGCUUUACCCGCGCCGGUGGCUGUAUUUGCGUUUACUUUCCCAGCGAUGAUUAGUCGCAUUGAGUCCUACCUGAUUGCUCUCGAGGCAUGCAACAAACUACAGUUGACCAUCAUUCCGGAACUCGCUCUCGAAGCUCUGACAAAAGACUCGGACAAUACAGAAGAACACAGAGCUGAACAGAUUCAUUUCCAGCGUGGAAUGGGCAAGAACUAUGAGCGCCUGGAGUUUUUGGGAGACUGUUUUCUGAAAAUGUCGACGUCGAUAUCGCUGUUUGCGAUGAACGCUGACGACGACGAGUUCGACUUUCAUGUCAAAAGGAUGUGUUUGAUCUGCAAUCAAAACCUAUUUAACACUGCGAUGAGUCUUGGAAUCUAUGAGUUUGUCCGCACACAGGGUUUCUCAAGACGGAAUUGGUAUCCUGAGGGUAUUAAGCUUCUUCAAGGUAAGGCCAAGUCUGAAACAGCAGAAAACAAACAUUCUUUAGCCGAUAAAUCAAUUGCGGAUAUCUGUGAGGCUUUGAUCGGUGCUUCCUUGUUGUCUGGGGGAAGAGUCCAUCGGUUUGACACCGCGGUCAAAGCAGUCACUGCCUUUGUAAACAGCGAGAAUCAUCAGGUCUCGGACUGGCAGAGCUAUGUCGGAUUGUAUUCAUUGCCUCGUUAUCAGAUCGCAGAGGCGGAUGAUACUCAACUGGACCUGGCUCAACAGAUUGGGGAUCGUCUGGGCUACCGUUUCAAGUACCCAAGGCUUCUCUCGUCUGCAUUCACCCACGCUUCAUACCCAACGGGAUGGAGUAAAGUUCCAUGUUAUCAGCGACUAGAGUUUUUGGGUGAUUCGCUGCUCGAUAUGGUUUGUGUCGAACAUUUGUAUCACAAGUAUCCCGAUCGGGAUCCUCAAUGGCUCACGGAACAUAAGAUGGCUAUGGUCUCCAAUAAGUUUUUGGGUGCAGUUGCUGUUAAGUUGGGGUUACAUAGACACCUCCUUUAUUUUAGCAAAGCUCUUUUGGGUCAAAUUACUAGAUAUGCGGAGGAGAUUGAAGCUACUGAGACUGAAAGCAUCGAUUCACCAGACUUUUGGACAACGACCAGUGACCCUCCGAAGUGUCUGCCAGAUAUGUUGGAGGCAUAUAUCGGCGCAAUAUUUGUCGACUCGAACUUCAGUUUUGAGGUGGUGGAAGAUUUCUUCCAGCAGUGCCUCAAAAAGUACUUCGAGGAUAUGAGCAUUUACGAUACUUUUGCUAACAAGCACCCAACGGCAUCCGGUGAGGUAGACUCUGUGGAUGCCGCAGAGCACCGGGUGCUUGCAGCGGUUAUUAUCCACGACGAGUUUGUAGCGGAAGGCAUUGCAUCCUCCGCAGGGUAUGCAAAGGUUAAAGCCAGCGAGAACGCACUUGCGAAAUUGGACGGGCUUCCCGCGUUCAAGUUCCGGGAAAUAUACCGCUCAUCAAAGCAGCGAUCCGACCUUGGGGAGGAGGCUUGGACGAAGUUCGAGGCUUCCCGCAACGUUUAG